AUGGCGGGUGUGGCCACCGGCUUUGAUGCUGGGCAAAUUUUCACCUCGGACCAGGAGCUCGUCCCCCGGUCGGCGGCAUCGCUGCAGCCUUCGGACGCCCGGGCCAAGUUCCUCAACUUUAUUCGCAACUUCCGUGACGGUAACGUCUUUACCUACCGCGACCAGCUCCGGGCCAACUACGUCCUCCGCAAGUACCAGCUCGAGGUCCAGCUCGAGCACCUCAAGGCCUACGACGAGGCGCUGGCCGACACCCUGGUUGAGGCGCCGGCAGAGUAUGUGGAGCAGUUUGAGCUGGCGGCCAAGGACGCGGCCAAGCAGAUUUUUGCGCCCGGAGGCUCGGGCGGCGCGCUGCCUGACGACGACCCGCUGGCGGCGGGUAAGGAGGGCGCUGCGGGUGGCGUGGGCGGCGGGCUGGGCGGCGCAGGCGCCGCCGGCGGCAGCCCGGCUAUUGCCGACAUCCAGGUCAUGCUGCAGACCACGUCGGUGCCCAUCCAGCUCCGGGACCUUAUGUCGGUCCACAUCUCGCGCCUAGUCUUUAUCCGUGGCAUCGUCAUCUCGGCGUCGCGGACCCGCGCCAAGGCCGCCGGCAUCGUCGUCCGUUGCCGGACCUGCGCCGACGAGCAGUUGCUCAAGGGCCGGCUCGGCUUCUCGGGCAUCGUCGUCCCGCGUAAGUGCCUCCGCGCCCGCCAGGGCCAGGGAGACGACUGCGGCCUCGAUCCGUACCUCAUUGUCGCCGACAAGUCCGACUACGUCGACCAGCAGACGCUCAAGCUCCAGGAGUCGCCUGAGGACGUGCCCACCGGUGAGAUGCCGCGCCAGGUCCUCCUCUCAGUCGACCGCAACCUGGUUGACAAGGUUGUGCCCGGAACCCGGGUCGCUCUCGCCGGCGAGUACACCACCUUUUCCGGCGCCACCCGCCGCUCGCGCUCGGCCGGCCUCCCCUCGCCGUACGUCCGCGUCAUCGGCAUGCGCAUCGACGAGGAUGGCACCGGCCGCGCCUCCACCUCGUUCACCCCCGAAGAGGAGGAGGAGCUCCGCGCCAUUUCGGAGCAGCCCAACAUCUAUAACCACAUUGCGGACUCGAUUGACCCGGCCAUCUUUGGCCACGAAGACAUCAAGAAGGCCAUCGCCUGCCUCCUCUUUGGCGGCGCCCGCAAGCAGCUGCCCGACGGCAUGCGCUUGCGUGGCGACAUCAACGUUCUACUGCUCGGUGACCCCGGAACAGGCAAGUCGCAAUUCCUCAAGUUUGUCGAAAAGGUCGCGCCCAUCGCCGUCUACACCUCGGGCAAGGGCUCGUCCGCCGCAGGUCUCACCGCCUCGGUCAUCAAGGACCCGUCGUCGCGCGAGUUUUACCUCGAGGCCGGCGCCAUGGUUCUUGCCGACGGCGGCGUUGUCUGCAUCGACGAGUUUGACAAGAUGCGCGAAGAGGACCGCGUCGCCAUCCACGAGGCCAUGGAGCAGCAGACCAUCUCCAUCGCCAAGGCUGGCAUCACCACAAUCCUCAACUCGCGGACUUCCGUCCUUGCCGCCGCAAACCCGGUGUUUGGCAAGUACGACGAGACAAAGUCCGCCGCAGAGCAGAUCGACUUCCGCGGCACCAUCCUCUCGCGUUUCGACCUCAUCUUUAUCGUCCGCGACCAGAAGAAUGAGGCCAACGACCGUCGCAUCGCCCAGCACGUCAUCUCCAUCCACAAAUCGCUUGAGAUCGAGCGGACCGUCGGUGAUCUGCCCAUCCCGCUCCUCAAGAAGUACGUCGCCUACGCCCGCUCCAAGGUCUCGCCGCGCCUCUCCCAGGCCGCCGCCGACUCGCUCGCCAACCAGUACGUCAAUAUUCGCUCCUCUGUCCGCGAGGCUGCCCGCCAGUCGGGCCAAAUGGCCACCUUCCCCAUCACCGUCCGUCAGCUCGAGGCCAUCGUCCGCAUUGCAGAGUCGCUCGCCAAGAUGGAGCUCGCUACCGUCGCAGAACCACGCCACGUCGAUGAGGCCCUCCGCCUCUUCCGCGUCUCCACACUCGACGCUGCAGAGUCGGGCCACCUCGACAUGGGGCCCAUCUCCGAAGAAGAGAAGGUGGCUCUCGAGAACUGCGAGCGUCACCUCGCCAAGAUCCUUCCCCUCGGCCACACCGCGCCGCUGCAGCGCAUCGAGACCCAGCUGGUUCAGGCCGGUUACAAGGAGUACACCAUCCGCCGCGCCAUCGGUGCCUCCAUCUCGCGCGGCGCCUACGAGCACACUAACCAGCGCCGCAUGCUCCGCCGUGUACGCUCCUAGUUCUAUCCCCUCCUCCCGCCCUCGCGCCCUGCAUCACUCACGACACGGGCUCCGUAAAUGUCGCUUGCGAAACA